UACAGCAACCAGAUUAUCAUUUUGCUGCUAUGAUGCUGGACAGUUAAAAAAAACAAAAAAAAAAACAAACAAUAAACAAACAGCAUGCAGGGUUUCUGUGUCUGUCCAGGAAGCUCUCCAAGGUGUUAACAACAAUCCUCAUACCCUCCCCUGCAUCAUAUCUCAAAAGAUUUUAUAUUCCAGGUGUUCUCAUCGCCAGUAAAGCCACAGCAGAGGGCAGUAGCGGUGCUGAAUAACCGCACAGCGAAUCUGUGAUAUCUAAUGACGUUUUUAAUCAAGGCCAGUCUCACAGGGUGGACUGUACUAAAGCAGUGAGCACAUUCAGACAUGACAAACUCUAGUUAAAUCCCAGUAACCAUUAUUACCUUCAUCUUGAGGUUAAAGGGAAAACAUUUCAUGAUUCUUCCUUCCUUAUGUUCACAAGUCUUGUAAUUGGUAUAUCUCAUCCAGACCAUAAUGGUUGCCACUUCUCUUCAGUUGUUGAGGCUGUGUCCACAUGUCCCACCUCCGACUUAGUUUAUUACCCAGAUAUAAAGACACACACUUUAGUCUUUUUGUAAUAGACUGUAACUUUGCUAGGAUGAUUGAAAGCUGAGUUUGUUAUUCAGACUAUGUUCGGUUGAGAAGUGUUAGUUUUAUAGCAAAGAGUUGACAGAAACCCCGUCAGCAUAAUCUGCAGCAUCCAGACAGACGUCAUGUUGCACCUUUCUGACAGUUUGUUCACUGUGUUAGCUUCAGCUGGGUGGAGCUGACGGGCCGCCGUAUGUUCUUAUUAGAAGUUCCAAUCAUGUUGUGACUCUGUAAGGACACAACACAGCACUGAAUAAUCUGAUACUAGUUUUGGGUGAGAUUUGAGCUGGAAACAAUGCAAAGAGAGGUGGGAGGAAGCCUUGCUGCUGCGGACCUCCCUCCUGCUGCCUCACUAUAAGACUGCAGGUCUCCUGAAGCCCGUCCACUCGGACAGGAUGCACCCCUCAUGCAGCCGCCGUGCCAGACCACUCGCACUCAAGGUGUUGUGUGUUCAGAUCUGCAUGUUCUACUCCAGCAUGUGUCUGGCGGGCUGGUCGCUAUCCUCCGAGGCAGCCAAACCCCGCUGUGGUGCCGAACUCCUCAGUGACCUCAUGUUUGUCUGCGGGGAUCGUGGAAUCCAUUUAGGAAGACCAUCUCGAUAUGGAGCACGGCCCAGAGGGAAGGGGAUAGUGGACCAGUGUUGUAAAUCAUCUGGAUGUGACCUUCAGCAACUGGAGAUGUACUGUGCCAAACCAAAGAGCAAGGAGCAAACCACAACUUCCCCAACCACAACCACCGUCACAGCACCGCACACCACCACGAAGCUCGACAUGUUCCAAGCAGUUAUUCAGAAGAGGCUCUUAGAGCACAUGGGGGCUCCAAACAGUCCAAAGAGGGAAGCUUACAGAAAGAAAGCGCAGCCGUCACCGCAAUGGAAAAGCAAAGCCUCAUCGUCACGUAGAAGGAUGAGCACUCAGAGCACAACCAGCAGGGCUCCUUCGGUGUCCACGAGUCCCCUUUAAAGAAGUACAAGAUCUGAACUUCAUGAAACGCUUAAUAUUUAUUGUUCUUGCACUAGACCCACUAAGUCUGAAAGAUGAUGCCGACCAAAACAAGUAGGGAUCCCAGUGGUCCGUAAUUACCACGGUCAACAAAAAGUCCAGCUGAUCUGGUCUGACGCCUGGAUUGGCAGCCAUAUUUGAGGUCCUCAGUUCCAGAAACAAACUGACCACUGAGUAGCUGUCAGACCAGUGUUUACAUCAUGCAGCACAAACUGGUAGUUCUGGUUCCUCUUCCGCUCUGUUGGCUCUUCUGUGCAGUACCAUGGUAACCAGAGACACCCCGUGAUGAGGUUUUGGUUUCCAGUUCAAUGCAUUUUAAACCCAUUUACAUAUUUAGCAGCUGUACAGCAACGUUGGCAUUUCUGUGGAUUUCUGUUUGUGUAGUUUGGUGUCGGUAUUCUGUCUCCAGCUGCAUGUCUGGCUGCUGUUUGCUGCUGAGCACAGCGUGUUUGCACGUUGUGAGUAAUUAUAGACUUUUAUUGUCCUUUAAGGUCAUUUUUCCCUCAGUUUUUGGCCAACAUUUUUUUUGUAAGUGUUUCUCUUAAGGUCUUUGAAACUCAUAUUUAAAUUUCUCUCAAAGGUCAGGUUUGAUUAUAUAAUGUCACUGUUUUUAUGG